AUGACCACCUGCCACGCCAUGACCGCCUCGCAGCCCACCGUGGAUGGCACCUCCAAGAAGGACUGGCGUGGGGGACGUGCCGGCCCGGGCAACAUCAUUCCCAGCUCCACUGGUGCAGCGAAGGCAGUGGCGAAGGUCCUUCCGGCUGUGAAGGGCAAGCUUACCGGCAUGGCCUUGCGCGUGCCGACCAUCGACGUGUCCGUGGUGGACCUCACGUGUGAGCUGGAGAAGGAGACCACCUACGAGGAGAUCUGCGCAGAGAUGAAGAAGCGUUCCGAGGGCGACAUGAAGGGCUACCUGGGCUACACCGACGAGGCCCUGGUGUCCACGGACUUCGAGACCAACCCGAUCUCUUGCACUUUCGACUCCAAGGCUGGCAUCAUGCUGGACCCCACCUUCGUCAAGGUGGUUUGCUGGUACCUCGAGUUACUUCUGAAUCAGUCUGAAGUUUGGAGAAGGUACGACAACGAGUGGGGCUACUCCUGCCGCGUCGUGGACCUCAUCAAGCACAUGGCCAAGGAGGAUGCCAAGGCGUAA